AUGUCGGACACGAGCGUGUACCAGAGCGGGCGGCCACGCCGGAGCACGACCCAGUAUGAUUUGAGCGAAAAGAUGGAGGAGGAGGAAGCUUCUCUGGCACCUACACUGAAGCGCCAGCGGGGAUCGCGCACGCUGCAUAGGAAAACGGACCACUCGGUGAUUGAGCGCCGCCGUCGCGAAAAGAUCAACGAUCGAUUGCUGUGUUUGCAAGAAACGGUACCUGCAUGCCGCGAAAAGGCGUUUGAGCACUUUAAAAAAAAGCCGUGUCCGCAUGGGACUGGGACGAGCGCGGAGCGGAUCGGCAGCGAGAUGGUCCUUGAAAAGCUGUGCAUCAUUUCACAUACCGUCGACUAUGUCAUGGAACUGCGCAAGCAGCUGGAAGCGUACCGCGCCAUGUGUACUUGCGAGCCAGAGAUCCCAUCGCCAAAUGAGCACACCGAAGAACACGCCCAAUUUGCUCACGAUGGACAGCCGCGCACUUGCACACGAUCACCCAAUGAGGAUUCCUUGUCGCCAACGCCGGUUAAGGACGAGGCCAUGCCGAUCAAGGAGGAGAGCAAAUCCCUAAAAUUAGAGCGCAAAAAGCAUCGCACCCCAGAGUACGAGCAAUGCAGCUCUCCGGAAAUAGAUGCAUGGGAAGAGCAUAUUGCUACGCCAUGUAUUCACCACGCUCCGCUUCCUUCCGUUCCUGCGAUGCACGCGUGGUCGUGCAUGCGGCCCCACACGUAUCCUCACCCACACGCUCAUGCUCAUGCUCAUGCCCACGCCCACUCCCACGCCCAUGCCCAUGCCCACGCACACUGGCUGCCGCCAUAUAUGGCCCCUGCAUGCCAUUAUCCUCCGCCACGCAUACCCAAACACCAGCCGCGCCGCGAAGCGAGCUAUGGGCUUCACGAUUCGGACCAUGGAUGGUACACACAUCGGCUUCCUCGGCCCGUAAAAGGGUAUGCGGACGAGUACGAGCCUCCGCGCAAGCACUCGUGCAGUGCGUCACGCCUCUCAUUUCCACAGGCAUGUGAUGCUGAGCAUGGCAUGCGCUUGCCCAAACGGUCCAAGGUCGAGUAG